AGGAUCACCAGGGUGAAUUCUGAUGAACUGUGUUGCUUAAGGAGAGGCUGGGAGAGCUGGAGGACAUGCUGAAGGAACUCCAUCUCUCCCUGUCGCUGGUCCUGAUGUUUGCCUGUGGCCUGCUAUACCAACUCACCCUGAGGUCUCAAUGCUUCUUUGCCUGCCUGCCUCUCUUCACAUCUCCACAGGGGCCGGAUGGCCUCUUGCGCAGUGGACGAAGCAUCGUGUUCAUAGAGACGUCUGAAAGAGUGGAGCCACCUCCACUGGUCACCUGUGCUGUGGAGUCUGCUGCCAAAAUCUACCCCGAGCAGCCGAUCAUCUUCUUUAUGAAAAAGCUCAGCAAUGCCACACAGCUGACCCCUAACGCCAGCUACCCAGCCUUCUCCCUGCUCUCAGCCAUAGACAAUGUUUUCUUUGUCCCUUUGGACAUGAAAAAACUGUUUGAAGACACACCCUUGUUUUCAUGGUACACCAAAGUCAACAGCAGUAAGGAGAAAUACUGGCUCCACGUCAGCUCGGAUGCAUCCCGCCUGGCUAUCAUUUGGAAAUACGGGGGCAUCUACAUGGACACCGAUGUCAUCUCCAUCAGGCCCAUCCCCGAGAAGAACUUCUUGGCAGCCCAGGGUUCCCAGCACUCCAGUAAUGGAGUGUUUGGGUUCCUCCCCCACCACCCCUUUCUGUGGGCCUGCAUGGAGAACUUUGUUGAGCACUAUAACUCAGGCAUUUGGGGCAACCAAGGUCCCAAACUGAUGACAAGGAUGUUAAAGGUGUGGUGCAAACUCCAAGACUUCCAAGAGAUGGGUGACCUGAAGUGUCCGAAUAUUUCCUUCCUUCAUCCCCAGAGAUUUUACCCUAUCCCCUAUCCCCAGUGGAGGCUCUACUACCAAGUGUGGGAUACAGAGCCGAGCUUCAACAACUCCUAUGCCCUGCAUUUAUGGAACUACAUGAAUCAAGAGGGCAAGACUGUGGUCAGAGGAAGCAACACCCUGGCAGAAAAUCUCUAUCGAAAGCACUGUCCUAAAACUUACAGGGCUCUGAUUCAAGGCACAGAAGGGGCAGUGUCCAGGAAGCCGGGUACGGGUAACAGAUAG